UGGAUAUGUGUGUGUACACACUGACCUUUAAUGUUUGAUUUAAUGCAUUUCAAAAUCUUUCUAUUCCUAUAAUUCAAAUCUUCUAAAACUGUUUUCUUUUCAUGGACCUUUUCUGGACUGAAGAAUGUCAUAUUGAUUUAUCAUUUUUGUACUCCAACUUCAGUAAUAAGGCCAGUCUUUUUCAAUACUUUGUAGUAGUCAGUUCUCUUGGAAAAGGAAGGCUUUUCUGACAAUGUUAUGUGUAAAAGAAGCACCAGCAAAGUUAGUAAUAUAGGAGGAAUACCAGGCAGCUUGCAAACUAGACUAAUUAUGAGCCAUAGUAGAGCAAGAUUCCUUGACACUCUUAACUUAUGUAGAAUAAUGUGGGACCAUAAAAUUAACCUGUCCAGUUUACCAUUGUACUGCAGCAUCCUUCACAAAUCAGCUGCUGUCAAGUUAAUCCAAGAAGCAAAGCCACCAAUGGCUAUCCACUCAAAAUGGCUGAGUCAACAAGGGCAGGUGAAAUAUAUGUCAAUGUAUUUUUUAAAAUGCCAAACUGAUAAAGUUGUCACAAUUACAACUCAUACUGUGCUUAUUUUAAUAGUACCAGAUGGAGCUUCCUUGGCAAAACAAUCAGGAAGAAUUGAAUCACAGAAGGCUGCCAAGCAAAUGAAAAAAGAGAGACAGAUGGUGGACAAGGAAAGAGUACUUGAGGAAGAGGAGCCUGUAGAUGGGGAAAGCCCCAAAGAAGCAGCUCUAACAGAAGAAUUGCUAGCCCAAAAUAUAGCAAGCCUUAGAGCAGACCAGGCAGUAAAGCCUGAACUUGUGGCAGGUAAAACAGAAUGGGAGAAAAAACCCAUAGAAUCAGACCUGGCCAGUAUAGAAAAAGAAAUAACACCCCAGGAAGAAAUAACAUCUGAGAGCAGGGCAAAAGCAGAGAGAAUGGCAACAAAACAUAAAGCUGCUCACGGAGAGGAGGUUCUAGGGGGAUUUGAAUCAGAAGAGGAAAAAGUUGAAGACACAAAGUUUAGUAAGCCAGGAGCAGCUAAGAGAGAAGAAUAUGUGCGAUGGCAGACCCCUGAGGCAGAAGAAAGUACAGAAGAAGUAACUGAGGCAUCAAAAGUUUUAAAGACGGGAGAAUUAGGAGGAAUUAAGAUGGUGGAAAGAGACAUGCAUGAAGCAAAAGAAAGUGUGAAAGGAAAAUAUGAGACAAAAGAAGCUUUGGAGGCAACAUUUGCAGAAAAGAUUACUAUAGGGGAGGUACAAGAAAAGGUGGGAGAAACUGAACCUGAAGAAAAGGUAACUUUUCAAGAGAAAAAAUAUACAGUAGAGGCUGGAAAAAGAGCUAGCAUAAUGGAAAAGAAAAGAAAGGAUGAUACAUUUUUGAGGGAAGAUGAAAAUAUAGAGGAGGGAAAAUAUGAAUUGAGCUCCAUUUCCCUUACAGAAGCAGGACUUACAACACCGAAAUUACAAGUGGGAGAUGUUCUCUCCAGAGAUGAAAAGGCAGUAAGUGAUGGAAGUGAUAGAAAAGUUCCCUCUGAGAUGGAAGAAAUAAUCCAAGGCAUUUCAUCCAGAUGGGAUGAAGAGUUAUACCAAGAUGUGAAUGGGAUGAAAGCCAUAUCUACAGAAGAUUUAGCCCUCGAGAAAAUAGAGCCUAGGGUGGAAGAGGCCUUCCUCGACCAUGAAACCGAAAGGGUUAUUUUAGCAGAAGAAGAACAUUCAAAAAUAACUGAGGAAAGCAAGUCAGCAGACCAACCAUAUUCAGAGAAAGAGAAAGAAAAAGGGACUGAAGAGAGCCUAAUGUCCAAAAUGGCACCUCUAGAAGAGAAACUGGACAUUGAGAAAGAAGAGCUUUCUACUGAAACUAGCUUAGAAGCUAUGGCAUUGCUGAAGGAAGAAUCAUUAGGGAAGGAAAAGGCAAAAGGAGAGAUGUGGGCUGAAGAGUUAGAGGGAGAAAUGAAAGGAUUGUCUCGAGGAAAGAAAAUGAUUGAAGAAGAACAGAUAGCACUCAGAGGAAAGGCAGAAGCUGAAGAGGGAGAGGCUGAGAUGGCACUUAAAGGAGAGGCAGAAACUGAUGAGGCAGAAAGAGAAGUUAAAAUUAAAGGGGAGGUAGGAAAAGAAGAGGUAGGGGGAAAAGUGCAGAUUCAAUGGGAGGCAGAAGGAGACAAGGCACUUAAAAGGAAGGCAGAAACUGAAGAGGCCAAAGCUGAGGUGGGACCUAAGGAGCAGUUAGAAGUCACAGAGGCAGAAGCUGAGAUGACUCUUAACAGGGAGGCAGAAACUGGACAGGUCAAAGCUAAGGUGGUACCCAAAGGAGAGUUAGAAGCCAAAGAAGCAGAAGCUGAGGUGACUCUUAAAAGAGAAGCAGAAAUUGGACAGGUCAAAGCUAAGAUGGUACCCAAAGGAGAGUUAGAAGCCAAAGAACCAGAAGCUGAGGUGACUCCUAAAAAGGAGGCAGAAACUGGACAGGUCAAAGCUGAGAUGGUACCCAAAGGAGAGUUAGAUGCUGAAGAAGCAGAAGCUGAAGUGACUCUUAAAAGGGAGGCAGAAACUGGACAGGUCAGGGCUAAGGUGGUACCCAAAGGAGAGUUAGAUGCUGAAGAAGCAGAAGCUGAAGUGACUCUUAAAAGGGAGGCAGAAACUGGUCAGGUCAAAGCUAAGAUAGUACCCAAAGGAGAGUUAGAUGCUAAAGAAGCAGGAGCUGAGGUGACACUUAAGGAGAAAGCAGAAACUGGACAGGUCAAGGCUAAGGCGGUACCCAAAGGAGAGUUAGAAGCUGAAGAAGCAGAAGUUGAGGUGACCCUUAAAAGGGAGGCAGAAACUGUACAGAUCAAAGCUAAGGUGGUACCCAAAGGAGAGUUAGAAGCUGAAGAAGCAGAAGUUGAG